AUGCGUUCUUCUUCUUCAGCUCUCCAUGCAUUGAAGCCCACUGCAAACCCAAAGCCAAACACCGAACAAUAUCAAGCAGAUGAUCAUGUCAAGCGACAAAACGACCCAAACGUGCUUUUUCCAGAUUUUCCUCGCCUUCUGGUGCUGCUGGACCAUCUGCACAGGCAACCUGUUCUUCAUCUUGCGAACCGCCUUCUGGUCGGCCCCGAACCCGCGCCCGACUUGACCCGACCCGGACCCUCCCACGCUGGGCGAGGGCGACCCGAUCCCGUCCGUGUGGUACAGGGCCGGGCCGAGCAGCUGGCGGAAUACCGGGUUGAACUCGCCCUGGAAGCAGUGGGAAGAGAUACGCUCCAGCUUCCGCCGGCCGCCGGCGGCGGAGACCCGGCGGAACGUGUCGCGUACGCUCCGGAGGAACGCCUGGCCCUCGGAGGUCUCCAGCCGGUCGUCGGAGAUGGCGAAGUAGACGAACGGCGCGUCGAUGAGGAAGGCGUAGGUCCUCGACCGGACGGUGUGGCUGAACGCGGCGUGGUGCGGCGGCGCGUGGAGGAGGCACCUGGCGGCGACGGCGCCGAGGGCGGCGUCACGAGAGUUGAACUCGGCGAGCACGGUGGCGCCCCUCGCGAUGCAGGCGUAGUGGACCAGAUCCGGAUUGGGAAUCAUCGUGGGGAAAAAACAAAUCCGAAAAUCCAAUCCAAACCCACGAAUUGA